UUCUCCUGCAAGCACUUUCUCAACCCUUGCUUUCUCCGGAAGAACCAGAGGCAGAAAUUUUUAACCCGCAAGAGUUAACCGAAGAAAUUAACGAAAAACAACAAGCCCUGGCUGCUCACAAGAAGCAAAUGACUUUUCUGACUUUGCUGAUAAUUCUUUUCUUACUCGAAAAAGUAGUCUACGACAAGAAUGGACUCUUGGAGUCCUAUGCUCUGAUGAUUGGUUUUAUAGUUGGUAAUGCCUUGGCUUAUUCGGCCUUGGAAAAGAAAGAACACAA